AGAAAAAACCUUUUAGCCAACAUACCAUAUAUAAUGCGUGUGCGUGACAAAUUUUAAACGGUAUACUGAAUGAUACUACUCUGAUGAUGAUAAACCAUCGUGAUAAUGAGCUGUGACAGUAGGCAUGAGAGCAUCAUGAUCAACUAGCAUCUAGACCCAAAUCCCUUAAGAUAGUUUAAAUUUAUCUUUCAUACAUACAAUUUAUGAAUUAACAAGUAAAAAUCAAUUAAAAUCGAUUUUUUACCACUUUUCUAAUAUGGAUAUCGACAGAAAAUUUUUUGGCACAAAUCAAUCGGGUAUUUUACAAACAUUAGGAAAAUUUGAUAGUAAGGAAAAAACUGAUUAAAAUAGAAUACUGAAUCAAAAUCAAAGAGACAACAGAAAAUAGGAAAAAAAGAAUGGAGGAUGUGCAUGCGGAUAAACUUAUAUUCUCUUAAUCCACACUCACCCACACCCUCAAGAUGGUUGUGUAGUACAAUCAGAAUAUGUUGAAAUGGACUAUACAUCAUGUAACAAAUGUUAUAUGUAUGUUCAGUUUAUCUCGGAUAAGGAUUACUUUCGAUAAAAUCUUGUUGUGUUUUUGUAAUUUUCAAAUAUAAAUUGUGUUUUGUUUUUUUCUUAUUUCGUGAUCAGUAUCAUAUUACAUGUUAAAAGAUAAUUUUUUAAAUUGCGUUUUUGUAAUCUAUCCUAGCUAUCAUUGAAAGGUCUUCUUCUUUCUCUUUAUUAUAAACGAAAUGCAAUAGAUACCUGCUAUAAAGUGGGAAAAAAUCCAGAGAUACCAAUUUCGAAGUUAAAAUAAAAAGAUAAAGAAGGACUGUACACAGGAAGAUGGCUACCAUUUAAUUUUACAUGUUUUUUCAAAACAAAGACAACAUAUAAAUAUACAGUGAAAGGUAUGGAAAUUAUUUCAUAAGAGUCAGAGAAGUUUUAGAAGAAAACAUGUUUGCCAAUUAAAAUUUACUGAUCUAGAACUUAUUUUGUUUGCGCAAGGAAUGUUAUGGUUUAAAUGACUUUCCAAUUCUAAGUGCACUUAUGUUAAUAAUUAGUGGUACUCUUAAUUUUGAGUGUAGAAACUGAAGAAUUUUAAAAUCAUAUUUGUAUUUGUGACUUAGGUCGAAAGAAUUCUUUAGUCAAGUGGAUAUGAUCGCUAUGAUGAUAAAUGGAUCUCAUAGUUAUAACUUCAGAAUAUUUUCUAUUCACAACAUCAGAUGAGGGCAACUGCAUGACGCGAUUUCUAUAAUAUAAUUGGCGUUUUUGAGGAGGAAUAAACUAACAAAUUUUUCAUAAGUAGUGCACUUCUAAUAUUCCUGCUUAAUUGAUAUCACUUUUUCAGAGCUACAAUCAACAUCACCAGAAAAAAAGUAACAACUACAGUAUCAUCUCAAUCAACACUUGGAAAGUUACCUAAACCUAAUUACCAAAAUAUGGAAUAUAAAAAACUUCUUAUUGGCAAAAACGAAGAAGACAUAGAGCUGACUUCAAAACGAACUACUGAAUAUGAUGCAUUACCAGAAUACAAAUCUGAAUCAGGGGCUAAUAACAAUCUUAAACAACCUACUCAUCCACGAACAGGAUCAAAAAUUGGUUUUUGUUUUUCAAUUAACCUUGUUGUUCUUAUCUUAAUAACUAUCAUUAGUAUUACAAUAUGGUUUAUAUUCAUUAAAAAAGGCGAAACAACAAUUAAUACAACUACAGCUGCAAUUGAUGCAUCGAGAACAGGACCAACAAUUCUUACAACGUCGACAACAACAACAAAAAUGAUUACAACGUCGAUAAUAAAAACAACAAUAGUUACAACAUCGACGGCAAAAACAACAAUGCUACCGACGUCAGCAUCAGAAACAACAAGUCUUGCAAUGCCGACAACAGAAACAACAAUUCUUACAAUGUCGAUAACAGAAAUAACAAUGAAUACAACGUCGAUAAAUUUACAUACAACAACAAAGAAUGUAUCAAAAUUCAGUAAGUGGAAACAAAAUGCCAUCACUGUGGCUGGCGGAAAUGGAUAUGGACAAGAACUAAAUCAAUUCAAGGGUCCUCGUGGAAUCUUUAUUGAUAAAAAGAAAAAUAUUUUCAUUGCUGAUGGAGAGAAUCAUCGUGUUGUUGAAUGGAAAUGUAACGCAAAAGAAGGACAAAUCAUUAUAGGUGGAAACGGGGAAGGAAAUCGAACGAAUCAAUUGAAUUAUCCAACAGAUUUGAUUAUUGAUCAACAAAAUCAUUCGAUCAUCAUUGCUGAUUGGAAGAACAGACGAAUAAUUCGAUGGUUGAAUCAAAAUCAAGAAAUUCUCAUUCACAAUAUUGACAGUUAUGGCUUGGCAAUGGAUAAAAAUGGAUUUCUUUAUGCUUCUGAUUAUGAGAAAAAUGAAGUGAGACGAUGGAAGACGGGAGAAUACAACAAUGAAGGAAUUGUGGUGGUAGGUGGAAAUGGAAAAGGAAAUCAACUUAAUCAACUCAAUGAUCCUACUUUCAUCUUUGUUGAUGAAGAUCAAUCAGUUUAUGUAUCAAACCACUACGGUCAUCGUGUGAUGAAAUGGAGAAAAGAUGCAAAAGAAGGAACAAUUGUGGCUGGAGGAAAUGGCGAAGGAAGAAAUCUCAAUCAAUUGUCUUCACCUGCAGGAAUAUUUGUUGAUGAUUUAGGUCAAAUAUAUGUGGUAGAUAAUGGGAAUGGUCGAAUAAUGCGUUGGUAUGAAGGAAAAGAAGAGGGUGAAAUUGUUGUUGGUGGAAACGGUGAAGGAAAUCAACCAAAUCAGUUAUAUAGUCCUCGUGGAUUAUCUUUCGAUGAUGAAGGAAAUCUGUAUGUUGUUGAUCGGGGAAAUUAUCGAAUUCAAAAAUUCGAAAUAAUAUUGUGA